CUUUAAUUAAUUAAAAGAAUUAAAUAUAUUUCAAAUACUAUUCAUAGUUAUACAAAAAUUUUCUUUUAAGCAAAUAAAUAUAAAAGCAGAGCUAAAGUAAAUUUAAUUGAAGCCCAUAUAAUACAUACCAUAUUUAAAAUGGAGGAAGACGGUUAAAAUACAAACUAGACUUUAAUUCGCUAACUUAUCGAUUCUAUUGAAGAUAAUUUAGCCAAUCAUCUGCCUUCAAAUGCUGUGUUUUUAGCUGAGAGGUUACUCGCUGAAUAAGAUACAGAAGAAACACGCGGUAUUUUAGCAGAGUGUUACAUGGCUGAAAACAAGCAUUAUAAAGUUUAUGAUAUCCUCAAGCUUUGCAAAUCAGAAAUGAAUAGAUACAGAUUUGCUUUAGUUUGUCUUAAGCUUAACAAAAAUCAAGACGGAGAAAAAGCUUUGUUAAUGGAAAAUUACAACCCUUAGGAUUAAAAUAUGUAAUCUAAGCACAGGUCUUAAAUGCUACCAGACUACGUUCCUAACGGUUGCUAUGGAUUCUACUUACUUGGUUUAAUCUAUGAAGGAUAAUAGAAGUUUUAGGAAGCAAAAAAUUAUUUUGUGAAGGCGUUAGAAUUAAAUCCAACAUUAUGGGUAGCAUAUGAAAAGAUUUGUAAGAUUGGUGAUUAAGAAAUCCUACCUUACAAGAUUUUCUGUGAGACAAAAUAUAAAUAAUAUAUCAAUUCAAAGAAGGCUAAAGGCUUGUAUAGCUUCAAUCCAUAAGUUAACUUUUUAAGAAACUUCAAAGAAUCUGCUGGUUUUUAUAAUUCAACUGAUGAGACUGAAGAUGGAAAUAGUUUAGCAAAUCAAGUGGCAAAUAAAUAAAGAAUACCUAAUCAAGCUAAAGAUCAGGGUCUUUAAAGAAAUCCAGCUCAGUAAGCAAUCAAACCUGGAACAUCAAAUAUUUCUACUAUAGGAUAAGUGACUGCAGGAAGAAACGAUAGUAAUUCAAGAAAUAAUAGUGCAAAAAGGAAAAAAUCAGGAAAGUUAGAUAAUGGUGUAGGCCUUUUAAGCUCUAUACCAUCACAACCAUCUAGUGGUAGCAGUAACAUUUAAGGAGGGUAAAAUAGUUAAUUAGGCGUAGGUUCUUAACAAUUUCCUGCUGCCUCUUCUGCUAACUAAUACAUUCCUGGUUAGAUGGGUAAUUCAAGUGUUUUGCAAUUUGAUUCCACAUCAGCUACUUUAUUAGGUUUAUAAUAAAAGAUGUCUUCUUCUGUUAAUAAUACAAGUACAUCACAGCAAUAGCAACAACAAAUAUUAUCUUAAGGACUUAAUUUGGGCAUGAAUAAUCCUAAUCAAUUUAUAUCUGCAAAUAGCUAAUUCUAAAAUCUUUAAAAUACUGUUAAUUCGCCUUAUAUUGAAUCUCGCUAUGGUGGUAGUUAAGAUUAUUAUUAAUUUUAAAAACCUACUGCUGCUAUGUAGUCUACUGCUUAUAAUAUUUAUGCAUAAUAAGGAGGUGUUAAUAAAAAUUUACAAACUCCAUAGAUAAAUAUGUUACUAAGCAAUUAAAUGAAUUAGCACUAGCUUUAAAGUAACAUUUAGCCUUUCUUUGGAGCUCCUGGAUUUUAGUAAUAAUUGAGUGCAAAUGAUUUUUCUUAAUCUGUUUCCUCUUCAGCAACUCCUAUUAGAGAUAUUUGCACUCUUCUUAGAAGAUUUGGUGAAGCCUUCUAUCAUAUGUCACUUUACUUGUGCAAAGAAGCUAUUGAUUAUUUCUUUAACCUUCCUAAAAAUCAUUAACAAACAGGUUGGGUUCUUACUCAUAUUGGUAGAUGCUAUAUGGAAAUUGUUAAGUACAGUGAAGCUGAAAAGUAUUAUACUGAAGCUCUAAGAAUUGAGCCUUACAGACUAGAAGGAAUUGAGUAUUAUUCUAGUUGCUUAUGGCACUUGAAGAAGCAAGUAGAACUCUGUUAUCUUGCCCAUUAGGCUUUAGAUAAGUCUUUAUUUGCUCCAGAAACAUGGAUUGCAGUUGGAAACUGCUUUAGUUUAUAAAAGGAGCAUGAAAAUGCAUUAAAAUUCUUCUAAAGAGCAAUUUAAUUGAAUCAACAAUCAGCCUAUGCUCAUGCUCUUUGUGGUCAUGAAUUUGUGUACAACGAAGACUUUGCUCGUGCUAGAAAAUCAUUCCAACAAGCUCUUAAUCUUGAUCUAAGAAAUUACAAUGCUUGGUGGGGACUUGGUAAUAUCUUUUAUAAAUAAGAAAAAUACAAUCGUGCAGCUGAACAUUUCCAAAAUGCAAUCAAAAUUAAUUAAAAAAAUCCAGUGCUCUAUUCAUUUAUGGGUAUGACAUUAGCUGCAGACAGAAACUAUAGCUCAGCCCUUUAAUAUUUUGAAUAAUCAGAAAAGCUAGACCCUAAAAAUGGAUUAAAUAAAUUCUAAAAAGCCAACACUUUAGUAAAAUUAGAGAAAUACGAAGCUGCCUUAAAAGAAUUAUAAGAAUUAAAUUUGAUGAUGCCAAAAGAAGCCCCUAUACCUAUGCUAAUGGGAAAGGUUUAUAAAAAGCUUAAUAAAACAGAUCUGGCUUUGAAAUACUUUACAGAUGCUCUAGAUUUAGAAAAUAAAGAUACCCAAAGAAUAAAAGCUUUAAUAGAAUCUCUGCAUCAAGAAAAUUAAGAUUUUGGAGAAGACCUAGAAAUUUGA